UUUGUCAUCAAAAACUUGAUUUAACUUCAGCAAAAGAUCAACACAAUAAAAAUGAGUAUUAUCAAAAUAAUGAAAAUAAUUUCUUUCUAAAUAAUACAAUUGAAUUAGAUAGUUUGGAAGAGUUUAUUUCAACUAAGCUUGAAGCAUGUGAAAAUAAUGAAGAUGGAAUUGAAAUAAAUCUUCAUAUAAUUUUACAAAGUGAAAAAUUUAGUAAUAUAAUAACAGACUUUAUUCUUCAGGAAAUUAUUAAUAUUAUUCAAAUUGCUGAUAGUUAUAAAUAG